AAACAGCCGCGAGAGCAGCGGCCGCGGCGGCCGCCACCGCGCCUUAGUCUCUCCCGCGCUCCCGCCUCGCCCCUGCCCUCCGCGCCGCGUCCCCGGCCCACGCUCCGGCCAACGUUCUCUCGGGGCCCCCGGGUUUCGCCGCCCACUUCUCGGUCUCCGAGCCCCGUAACCGUCGCGCUCUCUCCCCGGGCGCGCGGCCCGCCGCCUGCUUCCGGGGCGGGCGGACUGGGUGCCUGGUGCCGGCGGCCGCAGCGACAGCGCCCCCGGGAAGCAGAGGAGGAAGGAGAGAAGAGGCAGAGGUGGCCGCGGGCCGAGUCGCGGCCGGGAUGUCCGGGCAGCCGCCGCCUCCGCCGCAGCACCAGCAACAACAGCAACAGCAGCAGCUGCCGCCGCCGCCGCCGGCGGCCGUGGCCCCAGUCUCCGGAGUCGUCCUGUCCGCGCCGCCGGUGGUCAGCGCCGGCUCCUCACCGGCCGGCUCCCCCGGCGGCGGCAGCGGCUUGGGGGCCGCGGCGGCCGCUCUGCUCCUCCACCCGCCGCCGCCGCCGCCGCCGCCCCCGGCCACCGCGGCCCCGCCGCCGCCGCCCCCGCCGCCCUCCUCGGCGGCUGCCCCGGCCAGCGCGCCCCCAGCGCCCCCGGGCCUCGCUGCGGGCCCCGGCCCGGCCGGAGGUGUCCCGGCCCCAGCUCUGGCUGCGGGCAGCAGCGCCGCGGCCCCUUUCCCACACGGGGACUCGGCCCUGAACGAGCAGGAGAAGGAGCUGCAGCGGCGGCUGAAGCGCCUCUACCCGGCCGUGGACGAGCAGGAGACCCCGCUGCCUCGGUCCUGGAGCCCGAAGGACAAGUUCAGCUACAUCGGCCUCUCUCAGAACAACCUGCGGGUGCAUUACAAAGGUCAUGGCAAAACCCCAAAAGAUGCAGCAUCAGUUCGAGCCACACAUCCAAUACCAGCAGCCUGUGGGAUUUAUUAUUUUGAAGUAAAAAUUGUCAGUAAGGGAAGAGAUGGUUACAUGGGAAUUGGCCUUUCUGCUCAAGGUGUAAACAUGAAUAGACUACCAGGCUGGGAUAAACAUUCAUAUGGUUACCAUGGGGAUGAUGGACAUUCUUUUUGUUCUUCUGGAACUGGACAACCAUAUGGACCAACUUUUACAACUGGUGAUGUUAUUGGCUGUUGUGUUAACCUUAUCAACAAUACCUGCUUCUACACCAAGAAUGGACAUAGUUUAGGUAUUGCUUUCACUGACCUACCGCCAAAUUUGUACCCUACUGUGGGACUCCAGACACCAGGAGAAGUCGUUGAUGCCAAUUUUGGGCAACAUCCCUUUGUGUUUGACAUAGAAGACUACAUGCGAGAGUGGAGAACCAAAAUACAGGCACAGAUAGAUCGGUUUCCUAUUGGAGAUAGAGAAGGGGAAUGGCAGACAAUGAUACAAAAAAUGGUUUCAUCUUACUUAGUUCACCAUGGGUACUGUGCCACAGCAGAGGCCUUUGCCAGAUCUACAGACCAGACCGUUCUAGAAGAAUUAGCUUCCAUUAAGAAUAGACAAAGAAUUCAGAAAUUGGUUUUAGCAGGAAGAAUGGGAGAAGCCAUUGAAACAACACAACAGUUAUACCCAAGUUUACUUGAAAGAAAUCCUAAUCUCCUUUUCACAUUAAAAGUACGUCAAUUUAUAGAAAUGGUGAAUGGUACAGAUAGCGAAGUGCGGUGUUUGGGAGGCCGAAGUCCAAAAUCUCAAGACAGUUAUCCUGUUAGUCCUCGACCUUUUAGUAGUCCAAGUAUGAGCCCCAGCCAUGGAAUGAAUAUUCAUAAUUUAGCAUCAGGCAAAGGAAGUACUGCACAUUUUUCUGGUUUUGAAAGUUGUAGUAAUGGUAUAAUAUCAAAUAAAGCACAUCAAUCAUAUUGCCAUAGUAAACAUCAGUCAUCCAAUUUGAAUGUACCAGAACUGAACAGUAUAAAUAUGUCAAGAUCACAACAAGUUAAUAACUUCACCAGUAAUGAUGUAGACAUGGAAACAGAUCACUACUCCAAUGGAGUUGGAGAAACUUCAUCCAAUGGUUUCCUAAAUGGUAGCUCUAAACAUGACCACGAAAUGGAAGAUUGUGACACCGAAAUGGAAGUUGACUCAAGUCAGUUAAGACGCCAGUUAUGUGGAGGAAGUCAAGCUGCCAUAGAAAGAAUGAUUCACUUUGGAAGAGAGCUACAAGCUAUGAGUGAACAGCUGAGAAGAGAAUGUGGCAAAAAUACAGCAAAUAAAAAAAUGUUGAAGGAUGCGUUCAGUUUACUAGCUUAUUCAGAUCCUUGGAAUAGCCCAGUUGGAAAUCAACUUGACCCUAUUCAGAGAGAACCUGUGUGCUCAGCUCUUAACAGUGCAAUAUUAGAAACCCACAAUCUGCCAAAGCAACCUCCACUUGCCCUAGCAAUGGGACAAGCUACACAAUGUCUAGGACUGAUGGCUCGAUCAGGAAUUGGAUCCUGUGCGUUUGCCACAGUAGAAGACUACCUACAUUAGCUAUGCAUUUGCAUUUAAGGAGCUUAUUGUGGCAUAUAGUCAACAUGGAAGUAGACCAGCUCUGCUGAUUUGAAAUUUAGAUUUUUUAAUUAUGUACUGGGGACAGGUUUUUGUCGCUUUACAUUGCUUCCUAGUUUACAGCAUGAUGCAAAUGAUUUUCUAACUUAGUGUUAGGAGAAAUUUUCCAUCUUUAACCUCUUAGUUGUCUAAGAGUUAAAUAUUAUUGAAUUUCAGACGUUCAAAUUGAUCAUCACAAAUACUUUAAAACAAUUAAACCAAAAAAUCCUGCCUUCUUUGUUGGGGAGAGAAAGGGGGAGGAAAUGGAACAAGUCGUGUUUGUGUUAGCAUGUGGGUGAUGUAAACUUCAAAUUGGGAGAUGUUCCGACCCCUACUCCUAUGUAAACAUUCAAUCAAUGUAACUUGCAAAAUGCAUAAACAUCUGACAGUUUGAAUUUAUAGUGUUGAUGGAAGAAAUCAUUUUUAAUGUGUACUGUAAAACUUGAAAUACUCAGGAGCUGAGUGAAUAUGUUUGUUGCUACUUACAAUCCCGACCUGUUAGUCCCAGUAGUUUUGUUUUAACAUGGUCCUUUCAACUUCGUUUUCCUGUUUAACUACAGACGACUUCUGUUGUAGACUCACAAGUUUAACUGUUGUAUUAUAACAGUAUUACAUGUCAACAGUGUGGUUAUGACCUUUAUUUAUAUAAAAACCAAAUAUUUAGUCAAUUUACUGUGUCUUAAUUUAAUCUUUGUACACCUUCCAUUUUUAAGUGCUUAAAUGAGUACUAUAUUGCAAUAAAAAUGUAGUGAUAUAAUUAACCAGCCAUUAAAAAUUUACUUCUACAGA